GGCGUGACCGCGGCGGCGGGAUCCCGUCGUCGCGUUGCACUUCGGGAAGUCUCUCCGAAGCGAGCCUGCACUACGUUUCCCAGCGUGCCUUGCGAGCAGAGAGCGGCCGGGGGGAAGCGAGCGGAAUCUCGCAGCGCACUCUGGGAAGCGUAGGACGCUCGUGCCGAGGGCGACGGUUCAACCGCCGCCGCCUCGUCGGUUGUGCUCUGCGCGAGGCCGUGCCCAGUAUCGAGGUGGGCGGCGUUGCGGCACCCGGAGGAAGAUCGCCGCCGCCGCCCUGAAUGCUCUGCCCGCUGGGGAGGCGCUGAGCUCCGCCCCCCACCCGGUGUCGGCCGCCAUUUUAUGCUGGCGAGAGUCCAGCUAGAAAAGGAGAAGGAAGGACGGGCGGUGCUGUGGGUGGGUCCGGCCCGGCGGGAAAGCUCCCCCCGCUUCUCUCCGCAUCCGGGGAUCUCAGCCUCAGGCGCCCCACGGAAGCGGUGUCGAAGCUCCCGUCUUUCUCUUCGACCUGCCUCCCUCCUUCCCUGCCCCGCAGCACCUGGCGUCGCCUCCGCCCACCGUUUGAGCGGCUUGCACCUGCUUCCCUUCCCCGGGGUCUGCCUCUCAGUCAGGGCGUGGAGCCCGCCCCGCAGCUCAAGCCGAAGUGCCUGUCCGUCGGGAGUGCAGCUCCGGAGACAUGAAGAUCAAAGAUGCCAAGAAGCCAUCUUUUCCAUGGUUUGGUAUGGACAUUGGGGGAACCCUGGUGAAGCUUGCUUAUUUUGAACCUAUUGAUAUCACUGCAGAAGAAGAGCAGGAAGAAGUUGAGAGCUUGAAGAGCAUUCGUAAAUACUUGAUGUCAAAUGUAGCGUAUGGGUCCACUGGCAUCCGUGAUGUCCACCUUGAACUCAAGGACUUGAUACUCUUUGGGAGGAAGGGAAAUUUGCACUUUAUCAGAUUUCCAACCCAUGAUUUGCCUACGUUUAUUCAAAUGGGAAGAAAUAAAAAUUUUUCGACGUUGCAUACAGUGCUAUGUGCCACUGGUGGGGGUGCCUAUAAAUUUGAAGAAGAUUUUCGCACAAUUGGAAAUCUCCAGCUACACAAACUAGAUGAACUUGACUGUCUUGUUAAAGGCUUGCUGUAUAUAGAUUCUGUCAGUUUUAAUGGGCAGGCAGAGUGCUACUACUUUGAAAAUGCGUCAGAACCUGAACGGUGCCAAAAGAUGCCUUUUAAUCUGGAUGAUCCAUACCCUUUGCUGGUUGUAAACAUUGGUUCAGGAGUCAGUAUUUUAGCUGUCCAUUCCAAAGACAACUAUAAGAGAGUAACUGGAACAAGUCUAGGUGGAGGGACCUUUCUUGGUUUGUGCAGCUUACUGACUGGAUGUGAAAGUUUUGAAGAGGCUCUGGAAAUGGCAUCCAAGGGAGACAGCACACAUGCGGAUAAACUAGUCCGUGAUAUUUAUGGGGGAGAUUAUGAACGAUUUGGGUUGCCCGGGUGGGCUGUGGCCUCUAGCUUUGGGAAUAUGAUCUACAAGGAAAAGCGGGAAUCUGUUCGUAAAGAGGAUCUGGCUCGAGCGACGUUGGUCACUAUCACCAAUAAUAUCGGCUCUAUAGCGCGAAUGUGUGCUGUAAAUGAGAAAAUAAACCGUGUUGUCUUUGUUGGAAACUUUUUGCGUGUAAAUACCUUAUCUAUGAAGCUUUUGGCAUAUGCACUGGAUUAUUGGUCCAAAGGCCAGUUGAAGGCUUUGUUCCUCGAGCAUGAGGGAUACUUUGGAGCAGUUGGUGCCCUCCUCGGAUUACCAAAUUUCAGCUGAAGAGCAAAGCACCGCAGUACUGAGUUAUCUCCUACCUUGAUGUCACUAUUGCAUUAUUUUUGUAUCGACUGGAACCAAAGGGGGAAAAGGGCCACAGUCCUGCUAUACAUGUCUUUAAUGGUGAUGCUGUGUUGAUGAGGCAGUCCACAAAAUUCUGUAAGAAAUACAUAAAGGUGGUGGUGUAUCGAGUCCUGAUUAAACAUUCAGUAUGCAGUAUGGCCUCUGAAAAACGAGCCAGAAUUGAAAGAUUAGCUGUCCGUAUCCUCUAUCCUGCAACACUAAUCAAGUCUUUUGGGGGAAACGUCCCUUAAGGCUGUUUGCAUCUAGUUGUAAGUCUCAUUAUGUUGUUGUGUUGAAUGUUCAUUUAAGUGUGUUUUUCCAUCUAUUCCAAAAAAAAUGGUUCAUAACCAUAUCUGGGUGCCAUCUACUGCAAAUAAAAGUUUUCAGUGCGGAAGACUUUCUUUCAGUGCAAGAACGCAAAAGUUGAAGUUCUUAAUUCCAGCUAUGAGUAUUAACAUUUUCAGAGAAUAAAAGUACCAACAAGUGAAGACUUUGUAUAGUUGAAGAUGUGCAUUCAGUAACAAAUAUAUAUUUUAACUACUAGACUGUGUAGUCGGGUUUUGUAAAACUCAACAAUUUCCUUGUUUCUAUAAUGGUUAGGUUAUAUUGCCUGUGUUGGGGGUUCUUCUGCAUAGGUUUUCCAGAGAAGCCUUCAAGGGUAUUACAUGGUUUUGGCAAGAGAAAAUUCAUAAGUUACCUAUCUCCAUAAGUGGGCCAGUAGAAGUGGUUGGGAGUCGCUCAGUGUUACAGUUGCUGGAUAAAGAGAUUUGCCAGGGUACUUGUGGUAUAAUGUCUCAAUCUUAUUUACUCGAGUUAAUCAUCUAGAACCUGUGUCUACCCAAAAUGUGAAAUCGGUGCACACUUAUGGCCUAAGCACUAUGUUACCUCCAGGGAUUGUGCUGCAAAUUCAAGAUGACCAGCGUUCAGUGUAUGUUGAUACUGCAACAGUGGCCUUGGUGUAACCUCCAUGUAAUGGGGCUACUCCUGUAUUUUGACAGUCUGUUUCAGACUUGAUUGUAAAAGUUUACAGUAGUGGUAUUAUAGUAGAUUGCUGCAUCCAACUUUACCAUAAGACCUCAGAGAAGAUCGUCUCAGAAAUCAAACUUCCUAUGCACAGGGAUGUAUGUAUAAUUGUAUCCUGAAGUAAUAUGCAGUUAUUCAAUCCAUGAAUAGAGUUUUUUUAACGGGGGAGUCUACCACUCGAAUCGGAGCUCAAGCUGGCGCUUGACUUGCUUAAUUGAAUUGAUACAAUUUUGGCACACUGAUAUUUUGUACAACAAUAUAUAGAUGUCGCAGGUAUCUCCAGAUUAUCUGGUGUGCUUGUUUCUCAAUCAGUUCCAUGCUGCUACUUUCCAGCAAUGCUUAGUAGUAUUUAGCUCUGAGUAGUACUGAUGUUGCUUUCAGUGGGCUCCCAAAAGCUGUUUUCUACCUGUAGGGAUUGAGAAUGAUCUUUGUAGCGCAGUGCAAUGUCCAAAAGCUUUAUGUUUUAUCAGUCCACACUGAGAAGACAGAGUGUGCCCGGGGCAGCGUUUCUGGUGUUAACAGCACUUGAGGAUUUUGAUCCCAUCUGUUGGGGGGUUUUUUUCCCCAAAAAGUGUAAUGAUUUCCUUCAUAUAUUGUUAUAAAUGUAACCUUGUUUGCCUUUAAAAUGUGUCUUAGCAUCAUGUCUUAAAAUACAGCAAGCAGACUUUCACUAUCCAUUGCAAGUAACAACAUUUGCUACAUACCCUAGGCAGUAGAAGAGUCUAAAAGUAGCUGUGUUCUGUGUUGGUUGUCAUUAGGAACAGAAAGUGGCUAUCGGUGUGAUCCUGUGCAGUUAUUAUAGUUUUACUUCAUUGAUUUUAGUGGAUUUACAGUGGGGUAACUCUGCGUCAGAUUGCAUUAUAAAUGUACAACUGCACAAGUUAGCUGCUUCUAUCCCUAGGCUUAUUGGAAUUACUGUUAUUUUUAAAAAGAGAACUCUGCUAUGGUAUUGAGAUUUAAUUUGCAAUGAAAUCUACUGCAAUCGGUUUAAGUACCAACAGAGCUUUUUUUUGUAGCAGUAACUCCUUUGCGUAUUAGGUCACACACCUCUGAUGUAGCCAGUCCUCCUGGAGCUUACGGUAGGCCAUGUGCUAAGAGCCCUGUAAGCUCUUAGAGGAUUGGCUACAUCAGGGAUGUGUGGCCUAAUAUGCAAAGGAGUUUCUGCUGCAAAAAAAGCCCUGAGUACUAAAAUUACAACUUGGAAUAAGCUCCAUAAAUAAAUAGGCAUCUUUCAUGCUGCACUGAUCUUUAUAAGAAUAUCUUGUACUGUAGACCUUGAUUUGAAGUGAUAGGAGUUUCCAUAAUUAGACUUUGUGCUGUAGAAACCUUCUACGUGAACUUUUUUGUAGUAUGGAAGUUGGUGCUGAGCAGUUCUUCCUUCUACAAAUCCGUGUGUAUUGAAGACUGCUGGCAUGGGGCAUAACUGGCAAGAAUUGGGAUAUUUCUUCUGACUUUUAGGAAAGAAAUUCCUAAUGUGGUGGCCCUUGAAUCCAGCACUCCUGAGUGCCACUCCUAUUUCAAAUAAUUAUUGUUUUAUUGAUGAGAAUCUUUUUUACUUCAAUAGUCUUGAAUAUUAUCAGAAGCCCUCUGAUUCCUUAAUUGGCAUACCUAGAUUACCUAAAUAGUGACAUCACUAGACCAUCAGGUAGUAAGUGACCCUUUUCCUCAUUGUUCUCAUACCAGGCAGUUUCUUCUCUGAAAUAUCAGUUCAUUUUCAUAGUUCAUUUUUGGGCAUUACAAAUGUUUUCAGUAUCCAUUCCACCAAGGUAUGUUGGAGCAAGUACUUCCUCUCCUAACGUUUAUUGGAUUCCUGUUCAUUGAAUGAAGGGAUUAAUGGACUGUGCUUUGACUUUCCUUGAGCAGCUUUUGCCCACAUCUCAUAAUGUAUUGCCACGUGCAUAAUUUUAAAGAACCAUUCCAUAAAUGUGAGUAGUGCAGUGAUCAGGCUACCUUUCUCAUCGUUUGCCAUGGCCCUGUUAACAUGCUACACUGUUGUUAGUGCCAUUGAGGCUUCUAGCAUUACAUAACCCCGCUGAGUCAUGUUUUUAUGUCACAGUUCAUGUGCCGUAAUAUUUCUGUACAUCGCUGCUUAAAUAUUUAGUAGCAGGAGUAAACCUUUAUUCUCUUCAUCUCCCUAGUUACACAUUCUGUAUGCACAUGUAUCUUUCCCUGUAUGGGAAAUUCAGGCAGUGUUACACUGCCAACAUAAAUAUCCAGUGAAGUUAUAGACUAUCAAGUGUCUUUAUUAAAUGCAUCUGUAAACUCAGCCUACAGCAAUCACUUUGUUGCUGAAAUCUUUGGCUAUUCCUCAGGACUGCAUCACAACAGUACGGUUAAUAACCUACAUUAUGGAAGGAAGUGCAGGUCAUUUGCAACUCUUUGCAGUGUGUUUCCAUGGGGAAGGAAGAGUAUUUUCCAUUCCCCAGUACAUGCAGUCAUGUGCUAAGUUUUUGAUUAUUUGUUUAAAGCAGUCCUUGAAAUCAUGCUUUAAAUACUUCCAGGUACUAUACAAAGAGUACAUUUUUGUUGCUUCAAGACUUAAAUGCCUUGUUGCUUUGUAAAUACUGCAGUGAUCAAUAAACCCUGACUGACUUGUCAGACAACUUAUGAGGCAGUGGUUUUGUGCAGGUGAAAUCAGAGGAUGUUCUAAGAGUGGGUAGGAUAAUCCCUGAACCACCAUUUUUUUAGUGUUUAACCAAAUGCAUUGUGUGUGUAUGUGUUUUUUAAGCAGCCAUCUUGCUACUAUUCUGAUACAUUACAGAAGCCCUGUUAUCUUACAGGGGCUUAACUGUAGCACUAGAAAAAUAUUGAGGACCAGGUUUCUGUUGACCAAAACAUCUGUUUUGGAGCAAGGUUCAAAUGUUCCAUCUCAACUUCUGUAUGGUUUUGUAGUGCUAUGUUAAAUGUCAAAGAAUGCCGCACUUACGUCUGUGGCUGGGGCACACACACAAAAAAAAUGCCUUAAUUUACAGGUGAUCUCCGCUAAAAUUUUCUCAAAUGGAGUAAUAUUCCAGAACAUGUUGUAAUACAAUGGAGGUUCCCUAUUCCAAAGACUGUUACAAUAUUAACCUCCAGCCACGCUAGAAAGAAACAUAACUUGGCUGGCAAGUUUUCUCUUAGGUUCACUUCUCCAUACAUUAAAAACAUGUUCAUAUGAUCCGUGUGGGCGAGCAGUCGGAAGGAAUGUGUCUGUGAUUUGUAAGCAGUCACAUCAAUCUGACAUGCAUUCACCUGAUGACAUUUCUAAGGAUUUGCCAAAUCUGUGUCUAGCACUACUGCUGUAACAGUAUAGCACUCAGAGGUGCAUCUCUUUCAUCGUUGUCACUAUAUCUUUUGUACGUUAGAAAUGAUAACCCGAAAAUAAGCUUCUAAAUGAGGCACUCUGAUUAAUUUGUGGAAAACUGUAUGCUGAGAACAGUGGCUUUUAUUGAUUUGUGUCAAAAGGAGGUUACAUUCGUUUAGUGCAGUAAUUCAUUAUCCUUCUCCCUGCAAUGGUUAAAGUAGGCUGACAAGGCAGAACCGCUUGCUCUUUGAACUGUGACUGCUUUGGGUUAGAUAAGAAAACAACAGGCCUACUCAGCAUGUUGGCGCUGUCGCUUCGUGGCAGCCUGGACUGAGAACAGUUUCCUUUACAAUCAUAGUUUAAAGUCUGAUUGUUCUUACCAGAGAAACACGUUAUCAGAUUGUAACUACGUCUCACGGGCUUAAACCGUUCUACUUGAAACAGUUUGUCUUGAAACUGGCUUUCCAUAAAAGACUGGCAAAUGCAUGCUGUGAGGUGGAUUCUUUUGUUCAGAACUUUAGAAAGAACUGUUCUUGGGUUGUGUUGAUCAUUGUGUCUGUGUUUUUUUUUUUUUUUUUAAAAAUUCAGAUAACUUGGUCAACAUAAAUAAUCCUGUGUAGACUGCAACCAUCCCUGUACGUUCUGUAUACACAUUUACAAAUUCCUAAGGUAUUGUCAGUAAGCCUUUCCAGUAGGCUUGUUGCGUGGGUGAGAGUUCUUCUGGAAUGGGAACAAAUAUGUUUUAUUUCAGCAUUAAGUUAAUGCAGCUUUCUACAGCUUAUUAGCUUUGAAGUUCAACCAUUGCAAAGGGAUUUUUUUUAAAAAAAAAUAGGGUUUUGUAGAUGAGACGCUUCAAUUUAGUGUAUUUGAUAAUUACAUGUCAAUAGAAAACAGGAGAAAUAUCAUUCACUUUCCCCCUCCUGUUGACAUUUUAAUUGCAUGCAUUUUUAAAAUUUAUAAAAGACCCAAUUUUUACUUUAUGGUAAGUUCAAAUUCUGCAGAUUUGGUAUAUGUAAAACAUCAUAACAGACAUUUCAGAUAUAAGUUGCCUUAUGCUGCCUCAGUUCAUAUGGUCUCUGUUCUGUAUUCUGACAAUGAACUUUGUGUAAAAAUGUAUAAUGUGUUGCAGAUUUAAUUCCUCGUUGUUAAAUUAUUUAACACACUUUGUAAAUGGUUUAAUUUAUUUUCAUCAUCGAUGCUUUCCUGUCACUUCCAUGCAGCCAAAUGAUGGGAUCCUAUUCUGUAAACAUAACCAUCAGAACUGUAUAAAAAUGUUCUUGACUGCUUGCAUGAGUAAAUGUGAACUUUAAUUCCCUGUUUGAUGAAUCUGCUUUUUUGUUACUUUCUAGUUUACUGUUCUGUAUGAACAAACAGAACUUUGGCUUUUCUAAAUAAUUACCAAUGGCUCCCAUACUUAUAUGUUCCAUGUACCAUCACAAGCUGUCUUAAUAAAGGGGUAAGAAACA